GAUAAAUUGAAUUAAUGAUGGUUGAACAUGAUUUCAAAACGUUAUCUACAAUUUUUCACAGUGCUUUAUUGCGUUGUAUUAUUGCACGUUUACUUCACCGUUGUAAUAUUUACUUAGCUGCUGGACAUGCUGAUGCGAGGCGCGUGUCUCGCGAAUGGAAGGGAGGUGGAGGACGACGCCUUUCUGAAUACUUUUAAAUACGACCGGAGCGAAAUGUUCCGACGAACUUUCGAGCAAGUCUUCGAGUCUCGCGUCACUUGACUAUCGCCUUCAGAAAAAUGCGAUCGCACGACCAGCACCUGGACCUCGCGCUAAAGUCGUGCAAGGAAAAGCCGUCGUCAAGGGAAAAAUCCAACGAGUCGCUUGCGCGGUCUUCUUGGCCCAAGGUCACGAUAUUUCAUGAUAAAAUGCCACACGGACAAUCCGACGAGAGGAUCUUGCCUCCUGAUUUUAGCGAAUGUUCCACUAACAUCAGUGCAAACGACUCCAACGUUCUCACCUGCGAUAUCGAGCUCUUCUGCGAAAACGACCGCGUGAACCAUGUAAUGUUGAAAGAACGGACGACUUGCACGCAGAUUUCCAGCUCCACGGAGACCGAGGAAGAGUCGAUCGAUGUGUGUCCCACGUGUAAGGAUUGCGUAGAAUGCCAGCUGCAGAAUAGAAUCGCGAAGAUGCGCAAAGCUGAAGAUCUGAUGAAUAAGCAGGAUCAAAAACACUUCGAUUAUUACGAGACCGAGGCGAACGAGACGGCUCCCAUGUCGAGUACGAUCACCUCGAUAGACUGUGAAGCUCCCAUACUUGUGGAUCUGACCAACGAGGAGACGAAGGUUACCUGGAAACAGACAAUACUGAAGCGAUUCGUUGACGACAAGAGCUCGGAAAUGUCGGAAUCACGCAUUAUGAUAGCCGAUAGUUCCAGCAGGUUGCAACGCAGCGGCACGGGUGGUAGCCUAGCGACCGCCUUGAGGGAUCGCGGUCCUUGCGUGAUCCCCGUGCAGCCUAAUCGCUCUCUGCCCAUUCGACCGGCGCCGCCGACGCCGACGAGGUCGGCGGCGUCGAUCGUAAUGUCGAAGAAAACGCGCUCGCCGAUUCUUAAGUUAUCGAAACCUGUGAACGUGGUCGAGGUGCAGUCCGAAAAAUCUUUGAGUGACACGUUAACGGACGAGUUGAGCUUUCCGUCCGGGCAACAGGAUGAGAAGAGUGACGAUAUGAUGCUCACGAGCGAACUCAUCGAUCAGACGAAGUAUAUUCUCCCGGAUAUGGCUAACGUCGUGCAGGUGAUCACGCAAGAAGUCAAUAGCGUUAAAAGGAAAAGCAGCGAAGAUCGGGGUAAGGAGUAUAAGAAAAAGAUUACCAAGGACGCGAAGAAACGAAGAAAAUCCCUCGAAAUAGACGCCAUAUGCGACGAACGUGUCGAGAAUAUUUUGAAGGAGUAUUCUAGGGUGUGUGUCGGUAAUUUGGCUGACAAGGGAGACAGGAGUUCGCAGCACGUGAUGUUGGGAUUAUGGGACGACAAAAGGUCAUCGGUCGUAGUGUCGACAACGGAGCCGGAGAUGGAGAAGACGAAAGAAAUCUGUAACAAAGUUGUGCCACCUUUAAGAUUGAAGAAAGUUGUGCCCGAAGCGAGCACCACCAAUGAGUACCGCAACGUCGAGGUGAACGCUGAGUCAGGCAACGAAUUGAAUUAUCGCAUUGUAACUGGUGCUACGCCACGUCCGGAAUCUUCGUCCGAGUAUUCUCUCUGGAGCAACAUGAGCGCAGAGAAAGAUGUCGACAAACCGUUCCUGCGGGACAAGAGUCGGCAAUUCUCACCGAAAAGCGACGGCUACAAGAUCCAGUACCGUCGCAACCGAUUGCGCCGGAAGCUGGUGGAGCUGCGCUGGAAGGCGCUGGAACUGUCGCACGAGAUAGCCGUCCAUAACAACGACAACGACACCGACACGAGUCCGCAGCGUGCUUUCCGCAACACGCGGCUGCGGCAGAUGAUGAACUGUUAUGAGAAACAGAUCGAGAACAUCUCGAAGCUGUUGUGCAAACUCUCCGCGUCUAUACCGCCGACGUCGACCGAUGACGUCGUCGACCUCGACUAUGAGAACGAGUUGAACGAAGAGCGCACCGUCGAGAAAGCCGCAGUUGAUAGCGAUAGCGUUACUGCACAGAUGGUCAAUGAAGUCUCAGUUGCCAAGCAACCGACCAGCAUUUCCGUGUCACCGUCGCCGUCGCCAGGACCACCGAAACUGUCGCCACGUUCUCCCAUCGACUAUGAGAAGAGCAAAUCGCCGGACAAGAUGAGAGAUAGUCCGCCUGUGUUGCCCAGAGUGUACAUCGUGAUUCAGCCGACCACUCCGGAAUGUAUGAAACAGAAUUUAGUCACCGCGAACAGCUGGCACGAAAGUGGCGAUGGCUCUUCAGACUCAUCGGUCGAAAAGGAAGUCAAGAUUCUCGACGAUACGGAUCAAACAAUCAUUCGUAGCGAUGUAACAACUGAACCAGCUGUAACUCCGGUUUCAUCGUCGGAGUUCGAAAACCUAGGAAAUGAUACCGCGGAGUGGAACACGGAGAACACUUUGCCGAAACUGUCGCCCACUUUAAAAAACCCAGAGAUCGAGGAAAAAAUCGAGGAGGUCACAAAGACAUUCGAGGAUAUUAACGAAUCUGAAUGCUCAACACCGUCGAUAUGUUCGAACGAUUUUCCUGGCACGACGAUGAAUAUUGAAAUAGAUAGAGGUAACACGAGGGACACGAAGGACGCCGCCGUUCAAGGAUGUCCCGAUGAGAUAGCGACGCAGGUUGCGGAAGCCCAAGCUAUGAAUAAACAAGUGGCUCAAGAGGAACAGGAGAAGAAACAGGAACAGAGCAGUUCGAGUGAAGUGUUAUCUACGUCCAAUCCGAUUCUCGAAGAAGCUAAGAAAAGCACUAAGCAUUACGACUCGGAAAAGAAGAUCAACGACAAAGAUAGGACAGUCGCGAGUACGUCCACCACGACGCAAGAAGCACCGACGAUAGUCGGACGACCGCAAGUGUCCGCGUCUAAUAUGACUAACAUCUUGCAAUUGCAAUCGAAUUACUAUGGCCCAUCCAUGGCGCGAGACAAUACGGUUUUCACGGGCGUCGUACAGGAUGCAACGAACACGCAGAAGGUGACGUCGAGUGUGACCCAAUCCGUGCCUAUAAAUCCAACGAUAUCUCUGGUAUUCUGUCAGUCUGGGUCUACUGUCAGCAGUUCGAACCAGCAAUGCGUCGUCUUGCCGAACAGUUGCAACAGCGACGUCGCCCCGGAAAAUGCCGGUCAACGAAACGAGGGAAAUCGUAUUAUGACAGAGCAGUUCCCCACAUUGGGCAACUGGGUAACGCGAUUGUCAAAGAAACAGGUUACCAAGUCGAAGUAUAAACUAAAAUCCGGAGUGACGCUUCCGACUACGUCGACUGCGGAAGUUGCUCGCAAUUCUACCGUUACCCAGGUUCCUGGGUUGGAAGCGCAAAAAGUGCGCGCGAGUAUGCCGAGCAACGCGACUCGCAGCAACAUAGUCAACGUAGCUCCGCAGUGGAACACGGAAAGGUGGCAGCGUCAACAGCGUCAGCAGCAAUUGUACGACGCAGCGUCAUCGGCUGCGCCCGCAGUCCGACCAAGAAUUUGCCCGCCGAUCUCGGUCACUCAAUUUUAUCCACCUAAUUACGCGAUCGAUCCUUACGGCAACGGGACGGCUUUCGGCUACCACACGAUGUGUCCAUACGGCGAUUACUCCUAUCAUCCGCGGCUACACACGGCUGCACCGCCGGCGAUAAGCGGCUACCAGAUACCGCUUCAGGACUCCUCGCCGAUCCGUCAGAUGCAGAAUACCGAAAAACGUUUUCACCUGCAGGAGGUGACGCGGCACUUCGCCGACAUUCUUAAGUAUCCUGCGAGCUUGUCCACAACGGGGAACUAUCAGCGCACUGCUACCGGCUUGGACUUUGAUCGGCUAAGACCUGCGGCGGCGGUCACUCAGAACGGCAGCACCGCAUCCGCGGCUUGCUUGCCGCAGUUAUUGUUACCGCCGCCGCCCCCGUUGCCGGCUACAGCGCAGCAGACCUCGCGUACCGCUCCUCUAGCUGACUAUUCUUCAAACACUAAUCAAUGCGGCAGGAACAGGAUAAUUCCAGACGUCGUGGCCGCGGCAGCGGCCGCUGCCGCAGCUGUGGCGGCAGCUUCCUUCGGCCAGCAACGUGGUCCUUUGCCGCCGUACGGGAGAACCGACGCGGAGAUAGUGUCCGGAGGCAUCGGCGGUAUGAUCGACAAUGAGUCCACGCAGCUGAUAAUGAACAGAACGGCGAAUCGUGAACGUCUGUCCGAGCAAGUGCAAUCAGUCGCCAGCGGCGUCGGCGUGAACUCACGGUUAAAUAAUAACAGUUAUCAUCAGUUACAGAAUUUGAUCUUGGAUAGAUUGCCUUACGUGAAAACCGAUGAUGCUUACUCGCAGCGGGCUAUCUUCAACGAUAAUAGGCAAGAGAUGAUGGCCUCUUCCGUGUCUUCGUCGACGUACAAGUCCAACGCAAUGUCUGCGUUCAACGCGUUGAUCUCGCGGGAGGCCGCGAGGAAGGAGAGUCGUAACUGCGAUACUCCGCAUUUGGGAAAAGUGAAUCGCACACUGGAGACCACGAACAAUCUCAAGUGCUCCAACUGCGGCAUGACUGGUUCUAUGUUCAAGUGCCUGGGCUGCGAAACGACUUUCUAUUGCGACGAGAGGUGUCAGAUUCGUCACUGGGGCAUUCAUGUGGAGAAGUGUCCCAAGAGAAUGCCUAAAUUGAAGAAACUCAUCUGAAAAAU